UCAGCCUUUGUUCUACUUCUAUGCUGAAAAAUUACAUUCAUAUUAAGGUCAUCCCAAUUAGGUGUUGUUUACAAAGUUCAUAAUUUGAACUGCGGACAGAUCAUGUAUUGAAGGAGAGUGGGAAGUGUAAAUGCGGUACGUAGAAGAAUGAAAUCACCAGGAGUGGAUUUGUCACCGGAGGGCAGCUAUGUGAAUUGCAUUGUCCACAAUGAGGAAUUCAUGGAGUGCACAUGGACCCACAGUGAAGGGGAAGCAAACUACACCCUGUACUACUGGUAUGCCUCAAACCCAGCAGAGGAAUGUAGGAACUACAUUCAGCAGGAUGGCUAUAACGUUGGGUGCAAUUUCUCAGCCGAUGAGAUUAUACAAUUCAAAGACUUCUAUGUUUUCAGAAAUGGAUCCAGUGACUCAGGACAUAUUUCAAGAGCAGGCCAAAUCUUUCACCUCCAGGACCAAGUGAAACCCUUUCCUCCUGGGAACCUGGUCGCGAAUGCCAUGGAAGACAAUGGGCUCCUCCUGCAUUGGGAUGCUCCGAUGCCAACAGAGAGGUGUCUGGAGUAUGAAGUCAGGUACCGGGAAAACACCAAGAAUUGGCAGAAAGCAUCAGUCUCGAUGCAAAGGAACUUUAAAUUGGCAAGUGUGGAUCCAGAGAAGUUCUACACCUUUCAAGUGAAAAGCAAGGUUAACAUCUACUGCGGCACAACUCAGCUGUGGAGUGAGUGGAGCCUCCCUGUUCACUGGGGAAAAUUUAACACAGAAGAUAAACAAAGGAGUUUCAAUCCAUUGGAAUUACUCGCUACUGUACCAGUUUUGGGUUUAUUCGUAUUGAUAAUAUACCUAAUACAUAAAAGGAAUCUUAAAAUGAAAGUCUAACAAUGAGUUUCAAAGUGAUCACUUCAAAUUUCCAAAGGAUGGAUAUUGGCAUUAAAGAUCAACAAUCUCUUGUCCAUGUUUAUGGUUCAGAGGGCCAUUGCUUCACAUGAAAGAUAUUUACAACUUAAAAACAAUGAUGGCAUCACUCCUACACAAUUACUUUAUUUCCACAAUGAUGCAUGCUUGUAUUUUAACCCCAUCUGCACAGCAUCAUCAGCUUUUUGGUCUAACAGAAACUUGUCUAUGCUCCACAGGGAGUUGAAAAUGAAAGUUCCAGUGUCAGUUAUCUAAAUCUUUCAGUGAUUUUUGCCCAAGCAGUGCAUUUACUUGAAGGGGUCAAUAUCAUCUCUCCACCAGUUUAUACAGCUUCAGAAAUAAAAAAAAACAAUGUGCUAAUGUAGCAAUUAACUAGUAAUGGAAUCUAAAUAAAUCAAAUGCUUUUGCUUCUG